GAGAGAGAGAGAGCCGAGGAAGGAGUGUGUCGUUAGCUACCCGCGACUUGUCACAAAGUUGUGAACUUAUUGCUUUUCAAUACCGCCACUUUGUCCGCGUUUAUCUGGAUGUCCUUUCCGCUGAAGCCCGGAGAGACAGUGUGCCGCGGACGCUGGCGGUCCGACUGAUUGAGUUAACAGGGGUUUGAAUGGCGGGGGUUUAUCUUACUUCGCCUAACGUAAUUGCCCCGCGAGAAAGUAAGCUUUCUGCCCCAGAGGUUUAGCUAGGCUGAGCUGUGAACUUAAGAGCAAGAAGGGUUUUAUCUGUUUGAGGUGACGGUACUUUUCUUUUGUCUUUAUUUGAACCCUCUCCGGAUCCUGUCAUGACGCCCGACCUCCUGAACUUCAAGAAGGGAUGGAUGUCCAAACUGGACGCGAGUGGAGAGUGGAAGAAGCAUUGGUUUGUACUGACCGAUGCUGGACUGAAGUACUACAGGGACUCAAGUGCAGAGGAGAAAGAUGACUUGGACGGGGAGAUUGACCUAAAAUCCUGUGUGAAGGUGUCCGAGUUCGAUGUGGAGAAGAACUAUGGGUUUCAGAUACAGACACGGGAGGCCGCGUUCACACUGUCCGCCAUGACGGCUGGAAUUAGGCGGAACUGGAUAGAGGUUUUGAAGAAGAGUGUCCGGCCCAGCAGCUCUCCAGACCUCACGCAAUUACCUGACAGCAGCAGUGACAAGGAAAACUCCCAUUCUCGCUUCCUGCUGUCUUCCCGUCGCCCAUCAUCACGCCAUGCCGACGUUCAGUCAGAUGUUCCAACCUCUGCCCCUCCUACCCAGCGUAGGUUUGACUAUGUCGAGCUGUCUCCUGUUCCCGCCUCGUCCAACCCUCUCCCGGCCAGUGAGAGACAAGAGGGAGAGGGCCAGGGGAAGGAGCACAGCCAAUGGCAGGAAGAGAGGAACACGAGCAGCCAGUGGGAGGCUGUGCUGUCCAGGAAGGGCACCGGCGUGGGGUCGAACCAAAGGCUACGUACGGAGGAUGAAAUAGAGAAAAAGUGGGCCGAGUUUGAACGCAUGCCGUUAAAGGAGAUGAGCUCCUUGCCGCCAAUGGGAUCACGGUCUUCCAGCCAGUCAGCCAAUGAGGCGCUGCAGAGGGAGGUGGCGUCACUGAGGCAGCAGCUGGAGCAACUACAAGGAGGCAGAGGAGGGGGAGGGGGAGGCAGAGGAGGGGGAGGGGGAGGGAGGGACGGAAGAGGUGUGAGGGGUGGCUGUGGCCCCGAGGCCCCCUGCGGCCGCAGCCUGGCAGCCAUGGAGCGUGCUCAUCGGCAGGCGCUGGAGGAGCUGCAGAGGCAGCACGACCGGCAGAUAAAGGAGCUGGAGACCGACAGGGACAGGCUGCUGCUGGAGGAGGCCCAGGACACAGCACGAGUAAUGGAGGCUUUGAAGAAGAAACACAAAGAGGAGCUGGAGAGAGAGGUGGAGAAAGUCAAGAGGCUAAGCAGUGGGGAUUCACAGACUUUACGGGUCCAACAACAGGCAGAAAGUCAGGCCUUUCAGAGGGAGCUGGCCGGACUGUCCGAGCGCUACUCUCAGAAGUGUCUGGAGCUGAACCGAGCUGAGCAGAACAACGCUGAGAGAGAGAGGGAGAUCAGCCGCAAGGAGAGAGAUAUGGAGCAGCUGAGGAAAGAGAACCAGGACUUAAGGGCCCGUUUGAAGGAGGAGAUCGGUCGCAUGCGAUCUACCACCGGAAAUCACGGCUCAGAGGACAACAGAGACGGGACGCCUUGUGAACUAGAGGUUCUUCUCAGGGUGAAAGAAAAUGAGAUAGAGUACCUUCACAAGGAGAUCAGCUGUCUAAGGAACGAACUGCAGUUUCUAAACACGGAGAAACGGCUGGCCUGUGAACGAUGUACGGAGAUGCGCGAGGAGCUGAGUGGGAUGAAGGGCCGGAGCGAGCGAGAGAUCCAGAGUCUAAAGGAGCACCUGAGGCUGGCCAUGGCUGCUCUGCAGGAGGGGCAGAAGCUGGGUAACAGCCUAGACCACUGAGGGCGUGCUGCUGGUACCACUGCGCUUUGGCAGACACAGAGACAGGUGACUGAAUCAAAGAGGUAUACAGAAAAGCAGAGGAGAUGAUUGUUGGACUUGUACAGUUCCGGCUGUGUGGGGAACAUGAUAGUGCCUUAGUUUUCAAUCAUUCUGCCAAUGAGCAGUAUAGAGUAGCUAUUAGCUGGUUUCAUUACACUGGGCCACACGUGAUAUAUAAAACUGCACUUUUCUUUUUUUUUUUUUAUAGCUUUCGCUUGCUUUUAGUGCAAGCAUGUAUGAGUGCGCAUUUGGUCUGAAAACUGGAAUAUUUGUUGAGUGACAUGUUUUUUUUUAAAUCAGGUAAUGUAGAGGUCAUAGAGUGAAGAGUUCAUACUGUAUCAGCUUUUCUUGUUGGAUAAUCUUCUCAUUGCCUCUGUGUCUUCUUGCGUGAGACAGCAGGGGUCAACACAGUUACAUAAGAGCUACUGUCAUCUCCGUUUUCUAUGUUGUACAGCUUUUGAGUCGUGUUUACUUUGUGAAAAUGGCACACGUUUCUUUAGAAAUGGGAGCUUAUCAUUUGCUGUAAUUAUUGUUUUUUUUUUACCUGGAAACAAGUAAGCUUAAGUAGUAUUGUGUUUGUGAAUAUGAAAUUCAGAAAUAUAUUGGGAUUAAUACAGGACAAGACAGCAAACGUUUCUUAUUCCUGGCAGGCUGAAUUGGAAGUUGAUCUAUGACUAUAUGGUAGCAAAUUCAGGCUCAACUUUCUUUGGGGAUGCUUGUAAAAGCUGUUGAAUGAAUGUUAUCCCACAUCACACAUGUUGUCAUUUUUAAACGUGAGAAGCAGGAACUCUCAAGCUUCCAGUCUCCCCUGAUCAUUGGCAUUUGUGUGCCGCCACCACCACAACAAAUGACAGGUGUUGCAUCGAUGAGCCAAUUUUUUUUUUUUAUGGAAAGUAUGAAUUGUGAUAAAAUAUCUACCUGCCUUUUGAAAAUAUUUUCAUAUUUAAUGUAUUGUAGAGCCUGUAUCAUCUUUGUAAAUUAUACACAAUUUUUGCAAUCAAUAAAAUAAGU